AUGGCGCCCGGUCACGAACGGCGAGCCAGCCCUGGUCGUCCCGUCAAGGAAGAGGAGCAGGAGCGUGGCAGGCGACGUCAGCGCUCUGAAGAGCAAGAUGCGCAGGAACAAGAUGACGGCGAAGACGGCAAAGCGGGGUCGUCCAACUCGGACGGCGGACCUGCCCGCAAGAGGAGGAGGAGCCGCAAGGGUCUGGACAAGAAGUUUGAAUGCCCCCAGGAGGGCUGCGGCAAGAGCUACUCUAGAGCGGAGCAUCUGUGA